AUGACUUCUCACCUCGCUGAUGACCAACUCAGGUCUCAGAUCACAGCCAGUAUCUGCAAAGAUCUUCACCAUGCCUCCAACUCUGAUGAAGUCAAGGACAUCACCAAUUUCCAUGACUGGAAGGCGAAGCUUAUCCAAAUUGAUACUGCAUGUAUGCACGAGAGGACACGCAUUCUCUGCAUCACCAACUCUUGUCCGAAGCAGGCACCAUCUUUCACUUCCUCUAGCUCUGCAGCCCCCAUGAAGCCCCAUGCUCAUUUGCCUCCCCUCACCAAUGAGGAGUGUAAGCUGCUCAAAGACAAUGAUGGAUGUUUCAAGUGUCGGACAUUCUUCGUACCGAAGAAACAUUGCACUGACACCUGCAAUAAUGACUAUCCCAAUCCUGCUACAUACCACACCCUCACAGAAUCUGACCUCUCCACAGUGAGGCAUAACAAGGAGAAUGCCGUGCAGAUGGGCAACACCAGUCGCCCUGUCACAGCGAUCACUGUCGAUGAAGACAAUCAUGUUGCAUAUAAUGUUGCCGCUGUGAACCUCGACUCUCCUCCUCUCGCUGCCACGUCCAGUAUCCUCGGGACUGAUAGCAAAUCUGAGGGCUCCGAGUACAUAAUCGCCACCACUUGUCAUACCCCACAUUCCCUGAUCUGA